AUGGCCAAGAUCCCCAUCUCCAUCUUUGUUGGGUGUUUACUGGGUUCAGUGAUUCUUAAUAUUUUGUUCAUAGCUAAUGCAUACGUGGGUGGGAAGGGGGAGCUGAGUUGGAGCAGAAAAGCAGCAGAAGAAGAAGAAGCAGUGGCAGCAGUGACAUGCUCAGGCCAUGGAAGAGCAUACUUGGAUGGUUUGGUUGCUGAUGGAAGCCCUGUGUGUGAAUGCAACUCUCUCAACACUUACCCGAUUGUGUUGCAAACAUUGACAAGAUUCAUCGCCAAUGCUGCUACGUGCUAUAUUAGCAGUGGGGAUCCAAUAUUUUUGGAGCCCUUUUGGAUGCAGAAUGCAGCUAACAGUGCAGUGCUGGUGGCUGGAUGGCAUCGAAUGAGCUAUAGAUUUGAUGAUCAGAGUUUCAUCUCACAAGAACUUGAGAGGCUCAUUCGCAGACUACACGCCUCAACCGGGAAUGCUAUCACAGAGGGAAGAUUCAUUCUUUUUGGCGCUGGCUCGACCCAACUCAUUAACGCUGCAGUUCAUGCUCUUUCACCCCAUAAUUCAUCGGCACCAGCAAGCAUGGCUACAAUCCCUUUCUUCCCGGUUUUAAACUUUUAUGUAUGGGUAUAUCAACAACGAACAGACUUCUUUAGGUCAGUGGAUUUUCAGUUUCAAGGGGACACAUCCUUGUGGAAGAACAAUUCAGAUAGUACCUUGAAUCUUAUUGAGGUUGUGACUGCCCCCGAUAAUCCUGAUGGCCAGCUGAAUAAAGCAGUUCUUCACGGCCCAUACGUGAAGGCUAUUCAUGAUCAUGCCUAUUAUUGGCCGCACUUUACAGCAAUUCCAGCACCUGCAGAUGAAGAUCUCAUGAUAUUUACUCUUUCUAAGCUUACUGGUCAUGCAGGCACUACAUUCGGGUGGGCUUUGAUCAAGGAUGAAAGUGUGUACCAAAGAAGGUUAAAAUAUAAACUGCUGAAUGUCCUAGGUGUUUCUAGGGACACUCAGCUAAGAGCUUUGAAACUUCUGAAACUAGUCUUGGAGGGGAGCGGCAGGGAGAUAUUUAAAUUUAGCUACACAACAAUGAAGAACCGCCGGGAAAAGUUGAACAAUGCCUCAUCAGUGUCUGACCGUUUCUCUAUCCAGAAAAUUGCACCACAAUACUGCACUUUUUUCCAAACGGUCAGAGAACUCAUGGCAGCUUAUGCUUGGUUGAAGUGUGAGAGAGAAGAAGAAAAAGACUGUCACGCUGUCCUCAUAGAAGCAGGCAUUGUUGGCCGUGAUGGUACUCUGUUUGGUGCUGAAAGUAGCUAUGUUCGUCUCAGCCUCAUCAAGAGCCAAGAUGACUUUGAUAUAUUGCUGCACCAAAUAAACAAGCUAGUUGCCAAGGAAGAUGGUCACAAAAGCAGUAAUUGA